GGACCGCGUUGAUUUGAAUUUAGAGCCUCGUUCCCUUGCGCGGAACGUAGAGCGAGGAGUUAGCGUUCGAAUUCACCCCACCCUCCUCGACGCCAUUGGAUGGUUCGCGGACGGCGGCGAGACGCGAUUGGUCGGUGGCCUCUUCCCGCCCCGCGCCCUGGUUGGCCGGAGAGCACGGAGGGAGUUAAAGAGUCGGCACCCGCAGUGGGCUCUGCGGGAGAAGCUAGAACUUCCACGCUGCCCGCGAAUGUAGGUACUUCCUCCGUGGCCCCAGACCUGGACUCCUGUUUCGAGUUGGACCGCUCUGGUUUCCUGGCUCCAGACGUGUCUGUGAGCGCGCCUAGGUGUGGAGGGGAGCAGAGAGAGGGGCGCCUGGAAACUGAAUGGUCGCUGGAAGUGAGGUCUCUGCUGUGACCCGAGGGAGCCCGCUCAACUUUGAUCUUCCAAAAUUUGCUUCCUGGGCUAUGGGAGAUGUCAGCGAAUUAAAAAUGCAAAUAACACCAGAAACUCCAGGAAGGAUCCCUGUUUUAAAUCCCUUUGAAAGUCCUAGUGAUUAUUCUAACCUCCAUGAACAAACCCUUGCUAGUCCUUCUGUCUUUAAGUCCACAAAACUACCAACUCCAAGGGAAUUUAGGUGGUCUAUCGAUCAGCUGGCUGUAAUAAAUCCUGUAGAAAUAGACCCAGAGGAGAUCCAUCGCCAGGCUUCCUACCUAAGUCUUUCUCGAAUAGAUAAAGAUGUGGAAGACAAAAGACAAAAAGCCAUUGAAGAGUUUUUUACUAAAGAUGUCAUUGUGCCCUCUCCCUGGACUGAUCAUGAUGGAAAACAGCCUUCAGAGCUUCAUCCCAGUAAAUGCCUAAAUAGCAAUAGUGACUCUCCUGUUGGGAAAAAGCCAAGUCUUCCUUCUCAGAAAUGCAAUGCUGCCUGCCAGACUCUGCUGUCUCUUCCUGUGGAUUUUAAUUUGGAAGCCGUAUUAGGAGACUAUUUUAGAGUGGAUGAAGUUGCAGACCAGUCUCCUGGGAACCUCAGUUCUUCGUCUCUCAGAAGAAAGCUUUUCUUAGAUGUGAAUGGGAGCAUCUCCGACUCCUUGCCUUCAAUGUCUCCCAGAAGCCCUCCCAGCAGUGCCCGAGGAUCUCUUGAGGAACAGUUUUCUUCCAGCCCCAUUCAGAACAGUGCAAAAAAAUACAGUUUGGGGAGCAUAACUACCAGCCCCUCAGCUAUUUCGUCACCCACUUUCUCACCAAUUUCACUUCAAGUAGGAAAGACACCACUGUCAGAACACAGGAAGUUUACAUUCCAUUCCCCUGAAGCUUCAUCCGGAGCAGCUUCUACCGGGAUUGCAAAUCCGAGCGUCAGGAGUCCCUACAUAGACGGCUGCUCACCCAUUAAAAAUUGGUCUCCUCGGAGACUGAGAGGUGGUCCUCACUGUUUGUCCUCACUGAUGCCCUUCACGCUUGAGGCUCACAGUGAAGGUGAAGAAGAGGACGUUUCUUCCACAGAUGUCGCUCCACUAGGCACAAAUGCUGUGGCAGUUCCCCUUCAGUUGAACUGUGGAACUUUGGCUUGUGUCGAGCCUGUAGCUGGCACCGCCAUGUCUGUCACACAGAGUCAGCCUGGUACUGGUGAGAAAGAGGGAGCACUGCUGGAGAAUGCAGAAAGCGAGAAGGAAAAUGACACUGUGGAUAUGGUCGAUCCUGUAGACACAGUAGGGGAAAGCACUUGGAUAAAAGAGCCCGUGGAGAAUGGGCACUCGUCCAUGGCUGAUUUCGUGAGUGGAAUUGCCUUCAGUAUUGAAAACUCUCAUAUGUGCAUGUCACCUCUUGCAGAAAGCAGUGUUCUGCCCUGUGAAAGCAGUACUAUCCAGAUGGACAGUGGCUAUAACACACACACCUGUGGAAGUAAUAUCACUGAUAUUGUUGGGACAGAAAGCUACUGCAAAGAAAAUGUCACACAGUCCUUUGAAGUGGAAAUGAAAUCUCAAGUUAAUAACAUAAUGCCAGGUCACACAGUGCAGAGGUGCUGGAUGAACCCUCCAAGCCCACCUCAGUGCAGCAGUCCGUAGAGUCCCGACCAAGUGGCGCUCAGUGGCCCUCAUGUGUCUGUACGGGGCUGCAGAUGCUGUGUCAGGAAUGGGCGCCUGCUUCACGAGAUGCCUGCUUCCCUCCUUAAUGUGAAACUUGCAAGGGAAAUGAGUGACAGGACCAGAAGCUCACAUUGUUAAAUUUUACAGAUAUAUUUUAAAAUCAAUAAAUAUUUUUAUAUUUGCUUCUAGUGGUUUAACAAAAAAAUUAUGGCAAACCUCAUGGCUUUCUCCUGUCCUACAGGGUCAGUGAGCUGCUUGGUAAGACUUUGAAUUUAUCAGUUUGGAACAUGAGAAAAUGUUGAAACUGAUGCACUAUAUAUUUUUACAUGAAACUAUGAAGAAUCUUGAGAUAUAAAACUUACAAAGGUAAAAAAGGAAGUAAAAUGGACUUCCUAAAAUUUCAUUUCUGUGGGGAAAUUACUUGGUUCAUGGUAUAAUGGCUCUGAAACUGUAAAUGUAGAGAGGUGCUACUGGCAUCAUCGCGCCCGCUGCCUUCUAUAGUGCGAACAUGGGCUGCCUCAGUACCCAUACCUAGGCUGGGCAGGGUGAUGAACAGAACACGGGAGAAUCAGAAUCACUGAGAGACUGGGAUGCUUGUUGAGCUUACAACUCUGAAGAAACAAUUGGGAAAAUAGCUAAAUAAAUACAUUUUAAAAAUCUGUAUUAGAAAAAGAUGGAUAUAAUGUGUUGGGGAACAAAGACUGUAUUUUUGUACUUAUUUUCUUAAAAACAACAUACUCAAAAUGACUCAUUAGUCCUAGAAAAUAAAGAUUUACUACCAUUUUGUCAUUUUUA